AAAAUUUUAUUAUUGUUUUUGUUGCUGUAUUUUUUAACGAGAAAUAUUCCAGUGAUUUGUAGAAAAUUGGCUGAAACAACAUUUUUAUUUUAUAAAUCUAGUUAUAUCUUAUUGCUUUUUUUUUAUCCAUCAUUUAAAGGAGGGGAAAAAAUUUUAGAUUUGCUCCAGUGAUUUAUUCGCAAAGCUUUGUCUGGAUCUAAUGACUUGAUGUUCACCAUCUUGCUCAUUAUCAGUCUGAAAGUUACAUUGUGUUCUUAUAUUUUUUUUCUAACCUCAAACAAAACAUUCUGUACAAUGCAUGACCUUACUAGGCAUUUUUUUUCCAGUAUUCUUUAUAAUUAUUUGUUGAUAAAGAUCGAGCGCGAUGUCAACCAAGUAGCAAAAUUGAAUAUGGUCUCGCCCCACUGCAGUCUUCGGGCAAGUGCGCAAGCGCGAUUCCUCCAAUCAAUACACAAACUUGGCAAGCAUCGUUGCGGAUGCUAAAAUAGUCGUUCCAUGUUUACUACAGAGUUAUUAAUUAUUUUUUAGCCAUGUGAACCGGGCUUUCAUCCCCAGAAACCCCACUUUUUGUUUCUAGAGAGUAAUAUUUAGUUUAUAAGACAACUGAGUUCUCUUUUUCGUCCCCGUUGCUCACAAAUUCUUAGGUUCUAAUCUCACUCAGAGGCCGCCCUUUGCUCGCCAUUUUUAUCCCACCAAUAGUUUUCUCAAUAUCAUUAAUGUCACAGGAUUUAUAAAUCUGGAUCUAUUAUGGUGACCGAAGGAGAACCAGCUCACCAGAGCGAUACUAAUGCCAGUUUCUUGCGAGCAGCUCGUGCUGCAAAUCUAGAAAAAGUAUUAGAAUACCUUAAAGGAAAUAUUGAUAUAAACACUAGUAAUGUUAAUGGUUUAAAUGCACUUCAUUUAGCAUCCAAAGAAGGCCAUGUCAACUUAGUCCAAGAAUUAGUUAAAAGAGGUGCUAACGUAAAUGCAGCUACUAAAAAAGGAAACACUGCUCUCCAUAUAGCGUCCCUCGCUGGAAAGGAAGAUGUAGCUAAGAUCCUGAUACGUCAUGGUGCAAAUCCAAAUGCACAGUCACAAAAUGGAUUCACUCCCCUUUAUAUGGCAGCUCAAGAGAACCAUGAUGGUGUUGUCAAGUUGUUGUUAGCUAAUGGUGCUAAUCAAAGUCUAGCGACUGAGGAUGGUUUCACACCAUUAGCUGUAGCUUUACAGCAAGGCCACGACAAAGUUGUUGCGGUUCUUCUGGAAAAUGAUGCCAAAGGCCGUGUCAGAUUGCCAGCACUUCACAUCGCUGCCAAAAAAGAUGACUGCAAAGCUGCAGCAUUACUCCUACAAAGUGAUCAUGACCCUGAUGUCACCUCAAAAAGUGGAUUCACUCCACUUCACAUUGCUGCUCAUUAUGGUAAUGAAAAUAUUGCCGCUUUAUUACUUGAAAAAAAUGCUGAUGUCAACUAUUCAGCUAAACAUCAAAUCACACCAUUACAUGUUGCUGCAAAGUGGGGUAAAUCCAACAUGGUUACCUUACUCAUUGAUAAAGGAGCUAAAAUUGAUGCCUCAACAAGGGAUGGGUUAACCCCACUUCAUUGUGCUGCUCGAAGUGGCCAUGAUCAAGUAGUAGACUUAUUACUUGAAAAAGGAGCUCCAAUUACUGCUAAAACAAAGAAUGGACUUGCUCCAUUGCAUAUGGCCUCACAAGGAGAUCAUGUAGACAGUGCAAGAAUACUUCUGUAUCACAAAGCUCCAGUUGAUGAUGUCACAGUGGACUAUUUAACUGCUCUUCACGUUGCUGCGCAUUGCGGUCAUGUUCGUGUAGCAAAGCUUUUAUUAGAUCGUAAAGCAGAUCCAAAUUCCCGUGCUCUGAAUGGCUUCACCCCUCUCCACAUUGCUUGCAAGAAGAAUAGGAUCAAAGUUGUAGAAUUGCUUUUGAAGCACGGUGCAUCCAUUGAAGCCACCACAGAGUCUGGAUUGACUCCUCUUCAUGUGGCAUCGUUCAUGGGCUGCAUGAACAUAGUAAUUUUCCUCAUCACAAACGGCGCAAAUCCUGAUGUGCCAACCGUGCGAGGGGAAACUCCUCUACAUCUUGCAGCCCGAGCAAAUCAGUCGGACAUAAUUCGCAUUUUGCUUAGAAAUGGUGCUCAUGUUGAUGCCUCUGCUAGGGAACAGCAAACACCUCUUCAUAUUGCAGCUCGGCUUGGGAAUGUUGAUAUUGUUGGUCUUCUUCUUCAACAUGGAGCUGCAGUUGAUGCACCUACGAAAGAUAUGUAUACUGCAUUACACAUAGCUGCUAAAGAAGGUCAAGAAGAGGUUGCUUCUGUUUUGCUUGACCAUGCCGCUUCCCUAACUUCUACAACGAAGAAAGGAUUUACGCCUUUGCAUUUGGCCGCUAAGUAUGGGAACAUUAAAGUUGCUCGACUUCUGCUUCAAAAAGAUGCACCUGUUGAUGCACAAGGAAAGAAUGGAGUCACCCCUCUUCAUGUGGCUGCCCAUUAUGAUCAUGUUAAUGUUGCUUUGUUAUUGCUUGAUAAAGGAGCUUUUCCACAUGCUACUGCUAAAAAUGGUUAUACGCCAUUACACAUUGCUGCUAAAAAGAAUCAAAUGGAUAUUGCUACAACGCUUUUAGAAUAUGGUGCAAAACCAAGUGCUGAAUCAAAGGCUGGUUUUACACCAUUGCACUUGGCAGCUCAGGAAGGACAUACAGAUAUGACUACAUUAUUGAUUGAACAUCAUGCAGAUGUCAAUGCCCCAGCUAAAAAUGGUCUCACCCCUCUUCAUUUGUGUGCACAAGAAGAUAAAGUAAAUGUUGCAGCAGUUUUAGUAAAAAAUGGAGCCAAAGUAGAUCCUCCAACAAAAGCUGGUUAUACUCCACUCCAUGUAGCUUGCCACUUUGGCCAGAUUAAUAUGAUUAGGUUUUUGUUACAACAUGGUGCUGAUGUUAAUUCUACUACUUCUCAUGGAUAUACACCUCUGCAUCAAGCAGCGCAACAAGGACAUACAUUAAUUAUAAAUUUGUUAUUGGAACAUAAAGCAUCACCUAAUACUACAACAAAUCAAGGGCAAACAGCUCUUUCAAUUGCACAAAGACUGGGUUAUAUUUCUGUGGUAGAAACCUUAAAGAUUGUUACAGAAACUGUUGUAACUACUACCACAACAACUAUAACAGAAGAAAAAUAUAAAGUUGUUGCUCCAGAAACAAUGCAAGAAACAUUUAUGAGUGAUUCUGAAGAUGAAGGAGGUGAUGAUAUAGAAGAUACUUCUCUGUAUGGGAAACCUGCCCAUGCCACCCAUGUGUACCUACCUUAUAUUGAAGGUCAAAAGUUACUAAUGACUGACGAUACAAUGAUGGGUGAUCAGUCACUGCAUUAUAUGACAACAGAUGAACUGAAAGCUUUAGCUGAUGAUAACACCCUUGGAAUUGAUGUAACAAGAGAUGAAAGAGGAGCAGAUUCAACCCUUAUUGCUCCUUUAACGGCUGAGGAGGAUCAUUUAACUCCUCAACAUGUUGCUCAUCAAGAAGCUACUUUUAGCAGCAGCAUGGCAUCUGAUAAUGUUGAUCUUGCACGAGCACCAGUACAUGCUGGAAAGCUGAAAUGGAAGACAUUUCUGGUGAGCUUUAUGGUUGAUGCUAGAGGAGGAGCAAUGAGAGGUUGUCGGCACUCUGGAGUUCGAGUUAUUAUCCCACCUCGUAAAGCACCUAUGCCCAUGCGAAUUACCUGUAGGUAUUUAAGAAAAGAAAAACUUGCAUAUCCUCCUCCUCUAAUGGAAGGAGAGGCUUGUGCCUCUCGUAUCCUUGAAGUUGGUCCAUCUGGAGCUAAAUUUUUAGGCCCUGUAAUUAUUGAAGUACCACAUUUUGCAUCACUUCGUGGACGAGAGCGAGAAAUCACUAUAUUAAGGAGUGAUAACGGUGAAUCUUGGCGCGAACAUACCCUUGAAGCAUCUGAUGAUGCUGUUCAUGAUGUUUUCAAUGAAAGCUUUGAAGGUGAAGAACUAACUGCCAUCGAAGAUCUCAGUACAAAUCGUAUCACCCGCAUCUUGACCACAGAUUUUCCACAGUAUUUUGCCAUAAUAACACGAAUACGGCAGGAAGUCCAUGCAAUAGGCCCAGAAGGAGGUAUGGUCAGCUCAACAGUGGUACCCCAGGUUCAAGCCAUUUUCCCUGAAGGCGCCUUGACUAAGAAGAUCAAAGUUGGACUUCAGGCUCAUCCAAUAUCUCCAGAACUUGUAACUAAACUGCUGGGAAAUCGUGUGGCUGUGAGUCCUAUAGUUACAGUUGAACCAAGGAGAAGGAAGUUCCAUAAAUCAAUUACUUUAACAAUUCCUGUCCCACAAGCUGCAACUAAAGGGAUGAUUAACCAAUAUAGCGGGGAUGCACCAACUUUGAGGCUGUUAUGCAGUAUAACAGGUGGGACAACUAAGGCUCAAUGGGAAGAUGUUACUGGUUCAACUCCUUUGACAUUCGUAAAUGACUGUGUUUCUUUUACAACAACAGUCUCUGCAAGGUUUUGGCUUAUGGAUUGCCGACAAGUGAACGAAGCAACUAAGUUUGCUACCGAACUUUACCGUGAAGCCAUUCAUGUCCCCUUUAUGGCAAAGUUCGUGGUGUUUGCAAAAAGGCGUGAUCCUCUAGAAGCUCAAUUACGUGUAUUUUGUAUGACGGAUGACAAAGAAGAUAAAACUCUAGAAUCUCAAGAACACUUCACUGAAGUAGCUAAGAGUCGAGAUGUUGAGGUCUUAGAAGGGAAACUACAGUAUCUAGAAUUCGCUGGAAAUCUUGUCCCAGUUACAAAAUCAGGUGAACAGUUAAGUUUUACAUUCCAAGCCUUCAGAGAAAACAGGUUACCCUUUACUAUUCGUGUGAAAGACACACACCAAGAACCUAUGGGAAGGGUAGCAUUCAUGCGAGAAGCACGAGUUGGUCGUGGAGAAGCCCCACAAGCUCCUAUUUGCAAUCUAAAUAUUGUUUUACCUGAUCCUGAUUUAACCCCAGUAUCAGAAUUAGUGACAUUAGAAAAGAAAUAUGGAUUUGUCCAGGAAACAAGUUUAGCAAAACCUGAAUUAAUUCAUCGAGCAGACUUGAGGUUGUCGGACAUAGCUAAAGAAUUAGGCAAUGACUGGGUACCUUUAGCUUUACAACUUGAUGUACCGGAAGCUGAAAUAAAUUCUAUACGAUGCGAUCAUCCCGGUGACAAUACACAACAAGCACUCGCUAUGUUAAGGCAUUGGCUACAGAGAACAGGCAGUAAAGCAAAUGGUAAUCUACUUGAAAAAGGUCUUAGAAAAAUAAAUCGGGAAGAUAUUGUAAAUCAUUGUAUAUUUAAUGUUGAGUUAGUAACUGAUGAUGUUGAAAAAGCUGUUGCGAAAGUGCACCUUGAUCAAUCUGGAUUUGAUACAUUUAAAGAAGAAUUGGGCUCAUCUCGGGAUGCUUCUUUACGGAGGGAUACAUCAUUAAACGGAACAUUUGAUGAGCAAGAUAUAAUGAAAGAUGCGGAAUCAGCAGCUGAGACGAGUAGUGAAAGUUCUGAUAAGGAUGCUCUUUUUAGAUCUGAUUCAAGGCAUGCUGAAACAAGGGCAGAGAGGAGGCAUCACAGGCAUUCUGGUAGAAGUUUUGAAGAUGGGCCAGAAACAUUAGUUCAAACUGUUCCUACUACAAUGUCAGAAUCUUUCACACAACAUCUUACUAAUGGACAAAUGUCAGACACAAGUAUGCACGAAGAAGAUAGGUCAGAGCAAACUGCUGCCACUUUUUCAAGCGAAGCUAAUGCUGAAAUGGAGGCAUCUUCAUUUGAGGAUAAGUCUCAAGGAGAAACACAUGUUGAUAAGAAAGAAUGGACUGAGACAGAUGACUCUGGUAGUGUGCGGCAAAUUACACAAAUAAAAACUGAAACAUCGAUAAAAUUAGAAGGAGAUGGUAUCCGGCGAUCUCUGCGAAAGAUUCCAAGGAAGGAAUCGUCUGACGAAGAGAAGAAGUCGACAGAUUCUGAACAGGAAGAUCUCAGUUUUACUGAAAAGAAGAGCUUCUUCCAAAGGUUGUCUCUCACAUCAGACACUUUGCCCACCACUCAGGAAAAGUGGGCUCAGGAUGUCUCUUUGGACGAUCUACCUAUGGCUGAAGGAGAAAUUGUUCAAGAGCAGAUUAGCUUUGAGGACAAGUUCAAGAUGUUUGAACCUGAUGAAGGUAAUAGGAAGAAGAUUCAAAAAAGAGAAAAGCCUGAGCAACCAACUGUUUAUUUAUACAAUUUCACGAAAAAUGACAAGCCGGUAUCAGCGGAGCAAAUUGUCUCUGAAUUGGAGAAAGCUGAAGGAAUCGUCAACGGGGAUCUCAGUCCUGAAACGAUGCGGGAAGAAAAAGAAGCUGAAUUGCAUUCAGCUGUUGCAUUAGAGAAAGUAGAACAGGAAGUUUAUUCUUUAAUCAGUGAAGUAGAUAAAGAAGAGAAAAAAUUGCAUAGUUAUCAAGACGAAUGUAGUGAUAGUGAAGGCAUGAGUCCUGGUGAUCAUAAGCAUGUUUCUGAUGAUGAAAGACUCGGGGAUGAAUCAGAAACAGAUGUUUCCAAAGAUGUAGAGUUCUUUAAAGAAAAAUCAUAUACAACGAUGAUUGAAGCUGAUGAGAGUAUUUCUUCAUAUCAAGUUCGACCACUUUCAUCUGGUUCUGAUGAUGAAACUGAAAGAAAAUUUAGUAUUGACUUAUGCAAGCAAGAGGAACAUAAUGAAGCAAUUAAGCUAGACGUAGAUGAUGACAGCAUUGAAGAAACCAGACGUCAUAAAAAAAGACCAUCUAACUUAGAUGACUUAUCAUCAGUUGUGGACAGUCAUAUUAAAUCUGAAAUUCUUAGAGAAGAAAUUGAUCAAAUAAUUGAAGAAAGUCCCCUUGAAGUAAAGCAAAUAGCUGAAGAUUUAGAACGUAUUUCAGAAUCUGAUGAUCAUAAAUGUAAUGUUUAUAAGCAUAUUAGAACUGAAAUAUUUACUCAAGAACUUGGUCAGGAUAUAGAAAGUGGCUCUCCAGAAAGAAAAGAGCUGGGUGCUUUUUCUAUGAAAAAGUCUGAUUCACCCAGCCAUAUUGUCAAUGCUGAAAUAAUGAGCUCUCACAGAGAUUUGGAACUAGAAAUAAGCUUGGACAAGAAGUCUUUGUCUCCUCAGAUCUCUGAGGAGAGUUGUGGCCUUACAGAUGAUAUAUCUUCAGAAGGUAUAGUUGUGGAACAUGAUGAUCAUUUGGUUGAGUAUGAAGAAGCAAUUGAUGAACAUUCACUCACUGAACAACUUCAAGCUUUGGCGUCAGAUUCUAUGAAUGCGCAAAAACCAUUCUUUGGAUUAGAACAACAUGAAACAUUGGAUUUUAGAUCACAAGAUUAUGACCAUAUGUCUUCUGGUAUGAGUUCCACUUUCCCAGAUUUAGAUAUGCAUAGAAGAUCGAAAGAGAUAGGUUUUUCGCGACAUGAUAAAAAGGAAAUACGAUCUUUAAAAUCUACAAAGCAAGUUUCUACUAUUGAAGAACAUUCAUCCAUUGAAUCUUGUGAUUCACCUCAAGAAUUAAUUUUGCAUGAACUUCCUGAAAAAUAUGAUAGCAAGGAACAUUUAGCUGAAGUAUCUCAGAAACCCGAUUUAGAUCAAGAUAAGGAUCAGUUACCAGUAAUUUCGGAACCUCACAGUUCAAGUUUAUCUUCUCAAUCUAACGAACAUUCUGAUAAAGGUUUACAUAUGUCCAGAUCUGACAGUAAGUCUUCUCAAGGAAAGAAAAGUGACUCAGAUGCAGAGGGUUCAAAAUUUGACAAUUUAAGUGAUGCUUCCGGGAAAAAAGAAAAAGAAUCAUGCUCUAGCUCUGGGGAAACCGAAAGUCCAUAUUAUUCUGUUGAAACAUCUGAUAGUGGAAAGACUCCACGAAGUACGCCUGCUGCUAGUAGACCUUGUUCAUCUGAAUUUGAUGUAAAUGUAUUUAGUGGUCAUGGAUCUGAAUAUGAAACCUGUGUAUCAUCUCAAGGAGCUUCUGGUGAGGUAUCUGGGUCUUAUGCUACAGCUGUUUCAUCUCAAGAGAUCUCGUAUGCAACAGCAUGUUCAUCAUUUAGUCAUAGUUCUAGAGAAUCAGCUUAUUCUGUGGAUUCUGAAAGCUCUGGACAUUUAGCCAGUGUUGAAGUUUCUUCAGAAGCCAGUGAAACUUUAGUGCCUUCUGCCCAGGAAAUGGAACUAGAAUUUGCUCCAGAUUUAGAAAUGCCAGUUUUGGAUGAAGAGCCAGCAUCUGAGGAGUCUGUGAAAGAGCCAUAUGAUAUGGAAAUUCCAGAAUCAAUUAUUAGAGAAGGAGUGGAAAUGCCAUUUAUGACAAGUUGGGAAAUGAAUAGGGCAAGUGAUGAUGAAAAAAUGAAACAAUUGCCUCAACAAUGGUCUUGGCAAUAUGCUACAGAAUCGGAAAUAACUGAUAAAUUUGAAGUUUUGGAUGCUAGUGAAGAUAAAAGUGAGGCACGAGAAACCUCUCUGAAAGUUUCUGAACAGCCAGAACAUGGUUGUGCAAAUAAGGUAAAAAGUGAGAAUACUGUGCAAUAUUAUCCUCAGGUUGGAACAUCUCCCCAUGCUGGUCCAUCUCAUAGGAGAUCUUAUAGUUCAGUCAUUGAUAUCAUUCCUGAUAAAGAGCUUAUGGAACAACAAAAUAGUAUUGUCAUAGAAGAAGAACAGUUGUCUGUAUCUGAAAGUUCAGCUACUCAUAGUGAGCAAACGUGGCAGACAUCGAGUGUGGAUACUGCUGUACAGUUAUCUUCUCAUGCUCCCACAUCUUUUCCUGCCGAUGGUUCUAAUUUAAUGUCAGACUCUCUUCAAGAAACUCCCCCUGAAAAAGAGCUUACUCCUGAACAAUCUUAUUCUUCCCAACAUGGUUCCUCUUUUUUGCAGUUGAACGGCCCAAUUGAAGUUGAUUAUAAUCCAGAAUAUGAUAAUCCUGAGGGGGAUGAUUCAGAACUGACUACGAAUCAGAAUCAAACUCCAAUUCUCUAUGAAACUGAAGGAUUACAAUUUGAUCUAGAACUGGAAGGAAGUUCUGCUGGCACUCAAGCUGUAAAUGAUAACAACUCACUUCCAUCCAGUUCUAAUGUCCAUGACCUUGAGUUUGAUCAUGAAAGCCUUAAUCUAGGUUUGGAUGAACCACAGAUUCCCAAUUCAUCAUCUGAUUAUGAUUCUCAUAAUAUAUCAUCUUUAGACGCAGAAAAGCCAGAAGCACAGCAAGAACAAUCAUUUAAUUUCAAUGACUAUAGAAAUCAUGAAUCUGAAUCUUUCGUCUGUUCAGAUUUUGCUAGUUAUCUUCCAGAAAGUGACCAAUGUGAUUUACUUCCAGGAGGUGAUUCUUUGCCUCCUAGUUUUGAAAGUGAAAUUAAUAUUCCUUGUGCAGAAUCUGCUAGUAGCAGUGAAGGUGUGUCUCACAGAGAAACAAGAUCUGAUUUAAUACCCGAUCGUCAGAGCAUGGAAAGUCUUGAAAGAGUAGAGAUCAUUGAUACUUCUCCUGAAGAUGAACGAUAUGAGUCUGUCAAGCCAACUUGCACUGAUAAGUCACCAAGUGAUGAUAUGAAUGCUUCACCUGCUUUAAAAUUUACUGAGAGUGAUGUUUUAAAUCCAGAGUCAGAUUAUUCUUCCCAUACUUUUUCAAAAUAUGAUGAAGUGCCUGGGACUGAUUUGUAUACACAUCAUGAAGAAGACGAGUUCGAUUUGCGAGGUUCUGAUGUUUAUCCUAGUCCUAUCCCAUCUGUGGAUGAUGAUAAACAGAGCACUCCAAGUUCUGAAGCAUUUCAUGGUCGUCGAUUCUUUCCCAGAAGUGGGGAUACGUCAGCUGCUUCAUCUCUUCAAGAAUUUGAGAGAUUGGAAGCUGAAAUAGCUGCCGGUAGAAUAAGUCGGUCUUCAAUUGAUUCCAGUGAAAAAGUUAUGGUCACUAAGAGUGGUGAACAUGAUGAUGUUUCUAUGUCUUCAUUGACUGAAUUUGAGAAACUAGAGCGAGAAUGUGUAGAAAAUGAGAGCGAAAACAAAGCUGCCAUGGAAGAAAUGAUGCUGUCUGAAAUUGAAGAAGGAAUUGAAAGUCAGUGCUCUGAUGCUAUAGAAAUAUUACAAGAGUCCAUGCACGAUGCAUCAGACUUAGAAUAUGAACAAAGGCGAUUAGAAAUGGAAGAGUUAAUCAAAGUGACCCAAUCAAAUGUUGAAAAAUUUCAGGAGGAGACUGCAUCUGAAGGUAUCACUUCAGAUGAAUGCACAGUUCUGGUAAGGGUAACAUCUGAAGUGCAAGAUACUUCUGAAAACACUAAAAGUUCCAGCAAGGAAGAAGGAAACACAGAUGUCGAUGAAUCUGAAAACUUGCCGCUUACUCAAGACAAAGACUAUACAAUUGCCCAAGAUUCUAGUUCUAGUGGUGAAAAAAAUUGUGUUAAUGGCAAAUUAGACUUGAUGGUAUCUAGCACGGAUUCUAUGGAUCCUAGCAGCUCAACUGCUACUCAUGCUACAUACCAAUUUGAAACCGACUCUGUUAUGUCAUCGAGCCUAAAUAGUGCUCAGGCUUCAGGGGAAGAAUGCACUAUGGUCUCUAGUACUGACACUUUAGAGCCGGAGCCUAUUUUAACCUAUACUGUUUGUGAAAGUGGUGAAACUACUCACUUAGCCAAAUCAGGGGAUUCUGUUUUGAUAUCCUCUAAAGGAGCUUUAGCUUGUAAAUUGGAAGAAUUGCAGGCUACUAAUGGAGCUAAGCAACAAAUGGAAAUGUUUCUUUCAAAAUUAACUGAUGACACUGUAUUAAUGGACGAUUUCACUUCUCAUUCAUUUCCAGAUGUUAUUGAAGGUACUGAUCGCCACACUGAACCUGACGAUUUUAUAGAGUCCACUGAAGCCGCCCAAGGAAUUAGUUCGUCAGGUGAUGCUGCUUUUGAUAGUGAUGACCUUCUAAGUAGAUCAACCACAACUACUACUACUAGAAUUGUAACUACUGUUACAACUGGUGAUAAUGACGAUGGUGAUCACGAGGAGUCUGGAACUGAAGAUCUUCGCCACAGCGUGGAGGUGAUUCUGAACCAAUUCAUGAGUGAUGGUGAUUCCUCCAAGCAGGAGGAUUCUCACCUAGGCUCAGAAGAAUAAAGAGCAUGCUUAAAGGUAUUUUUCAUCAUUUGAAAGCAGGAAAAAUUUCAUCUAUGUGCUGAUCACGGAUGUUUGCCCAUUCUUUCAAAUUUUUCAUUCAACCACCAAGUCAAAUGGUGUGCCAUAACAACAUUCUUGUACAGCAAAAUAUAUAUUCCAUGACAGAUGAUUAUAACACAUUUAAUGUUUGUUUAUCAUGAAAAAAAGUAUUUCUAAUAUAUGUUUUCCUUUGCCGAGAGGAACCGUCACCAGUGACCGUCAUUUUUGUUCUAGUGCACUGUCGUGUCCCACUUCAACCUAUCUGUAGAUGUUCUACUAGUGUUUUUAAAACUCUCAGAUAAAAUGUGCAAGGAAGAAAAGUUGAAAACUGUGUUUUUUUGUAAAAUCUCUGAGCGUGCAAUGCGUGAUGGAAUGUGUCUAAAAAGCUUGCCCGCUGGAAUUGUCUUGAAUUUUUGUUGAUGAAUAUUUUAAUAUGAAAUAUUUUGUUUCCUAGAGUUUAGUCUUAACUUAUAUGCUUAUGUAUUGUUAGUUGCAAGAAGUUUAAUGAGAUGUGUUCAUAUGGUUUAAAUAAAGCUUUGAAAAUUCUUUGAA